UCAGACUUCAGAAUUGAUUUAUCAAUAUGUGUUCUGUGGUUGAUUGAUUCUGUCAACAAACCUGUGUCACAGAUUUGACACUUACAUUUGGAAUGUCAUCUGAUGCCGUUGUUUUUGUGCACGUAGGAUUCAUAUAAUUUUUAAGAAAAUGUCGUUUCAGGACAAAUUAUCGGCUUUAAUGGCUCGUCCCGGUCAAGAUCCGGUGGCGAAAGACGAUGUUCCUUGGUGGUUGAAGUUCGCUGGUCGUGGGGUUGGGACCCUGGCAGGUUUUCUUGCUAUUUUUCUCGGAGUUUGGGUGUGUACAGGAAUAAUUGUUGCCCAGGUAAACUCUCUGGUAGCCGGGAUGUGGCAAAUCAUUGCCGGAUUCAUUCUUCUGUGUAUUGAAGCGCCUUGUUGCUGCAUGUUCAUAGAUCAUGUGCAACGAUUAAGCGAUUUUAUUGAAAGCAAGCCUUACUAUAUGCGUGCAAUUGGUUAUUUCAUUUUGGCCAUACCACCACUCUUAAUAAGGUUUUCCAUGGGCAUAUUCUUUGGAAGUGGUCUCAUUUUUGCAACAGGAAUCCUGUAUGGCAUGAUGGCAUUGGGAAGAAAAGCAACUGCGGAGGAGAUGCGGCAAGCUGCAGCUGCGCAAGACUCCAGCAGACCAACCAACAUGCGUUCCAAUCUGGUCGCCAAUGCUCAGCCAAUCAGUUUAACCGGAGCUCCCGUAUUCGACAGUAACGUAUGAUGUUAUCUGUUUAGGUUAGAAUUUCAUUUUGCUGUGGCUCUUAGUAUCGUAUGAGAAGGCCUAUUUUUGAAGUAUCGGAAGAAAUGUGUCGGUUCUUCAUAUUAAAAAAGUUGUGUGAUUCUCGACUUAAAUUGAGUCAUUCCAGCUAUAAGUUUCUUCCCUUUCUAAAAAAUGUUUAUGAUUCAUAAUAGACAGGGUAUACAUUUUCUAUUUAGGAAAAUUUGGUUUUGUUGUAAAAAGCAAGGCACACACACACAGACACAAACAUUCUGAUUAAAUGUUGCUAAGUAGAAUAAUGAAGUAACUUAAUUAUUGAUAGAAUCUAGUAGGUACCCAUUCCGCGACGAAAAAGUGUUUUCCAAUUUGAUAUAGUAUUUAUUUUACUAUUCCUUCCGAGUUAUGUGAUGGUUUUGCCAAAAACAGCAUAAUUUUUCAGCUAUUACUAAUAAUUUUGAAGACUGUUUUAUAUUUUAUACAAUUAAUUUAUAUUAUAGUCUACACUGCUGUUAUAUUUUAUUGUUCUUUUGUUGCUCAAGGGUAAUUUUAAUUUGUAUACAUAAGGUAGUGAAUGUUAUGUAAGUAGUCAGAAGUUCAUAAUAUGUCAAUUGAUAAUAGGUAAAAAAAUGCAUUCCUUUCUCAGUAAUGUAGACAAAAUUAAUUUCCGUGAUUUAUCGUAAUUUUAACAUAUCUGACGUGGGAGUCUGCGUUGCCCCGAUUUUUAGGAAAAUUAUUGCCCCAUUACUUACUAGUCAGUGAUGAAAUUAUUUUUUCGAGAUCGAGUCGCACCCGCCGGAUAUCUUGAAACCGUUGGGGCGUGUGCGUUAGUUCAAUUGUUCAUGUCAAGAGGCGUUGUUAGGUAAAGCAUUGAUGUAUGUUGUAUCGCCCAGUACGAGUCAUAAUUUAUUAGAUGUAAUUUGAGAGAAUUGGAGAAGAGGUGGUGUGUUCUCCAACUGGAUCUUGAUUGAGGUUACAAAACCGAUUCUCGGACACACCACGUUAUUUUUCCGCCGUUAGUUGAGGUCUUCUAAUGUUAUAUACAUAUUUAUUCUACCGUAAUUUACAUGUUAAGUCAAUAAAUUAUAAUAAUUAUGA